AUAUUCUCUCUUCCUUCUUCAUCAGGUAGUUACUGCUCAGCAAAGACGUGGUCAGCUUUGUUAAGUUUGGUAAAAAUGCAAGUCUUUGGUGUAGUUGUGGUGUUAUUAGCAGUGUACAAUGUACAUGCAACGAUUUACUUUCGGGAGGAGUUUACGGACGGUGAUGAAUGGAGAAGUCGUUGGGUGAACUCCAAACACAAAUCUGACUACGGAGAGUGGAAACUGACGGCUGGCAACUUCUAUGGAGAUGCUGAGAAAGACAAAGGACUGCAAACAAGCCAGGAUGCUCGCUUCUAUGCAACUUCUGCCCGUUUCGAGCCUUUUAGCAACGAGGGCAAACCUUUGGUCAUUCAGUUCACAGUCAAGCAUGAGCAGAAGAUUGACUGUGGUGGUGGCUAUGUGAAAGUUUUCCCCACAGAACUGGACCAGACUGACAUGCAUGGAGAAUCCUCAUACUAUGUUAUGUUUGGCCCUGAUAUCUGUGGCUACAGCACCAAGAAAGUCCAUGUCAUCUUCAACUACAAGGGCAAGAAUCACCUGAUCAAGAAAGAGAUUAAGUGCAAGGAUGAUGAGCUGUCCCAUCUGUACACGCUGAUCCUGAAUCCGGAUCAGACUUACGAAGUGAAGAUUGAUAACGAGAAGGUAGAAUCUGGCAGUCUGGAGGAAGACUGGGACUUCCUGCCACCUAAGAAAAUCAAAGACCCUGAAGCAAAGAAGCCAGCUGACUGGGAUGAUCGCGCAAAGAUCGAUGAUGCUGAUGACACCAAGCCUGAGGACUGGGACAAACCUGAAAACAUUCCUGACCCAGAUGCUAAAAAGCCUGAGGACUGGGACGAAGAUAUGGAUGGAGAAUGGGAGCCACCCAUGAUCCCUAACCCAGAGUACAAGGGAGAAUGGAAACCCAAACAGAUUGACAACCCCAACUACAAAGGAGCCUGGGUGCAUCCAGAAAUCGAUAACCCUGAAUACAGCCCUGACUCAAACAUCUACAAGUUUGACAACAUUGGUGUAUUAGGUCUGGAUCUUUGGCAGGUAAAAUCAGGAACCAUCUUUGACAACUUCUUGAUCACCGAUGAUGUGACAGAGGCUGAAACAGUUGGAAAGGAGACGUGGGGUGCAACAAAGGAACCAGAAAAGAAAAUGAAACAAGAGCAAGAUGACCUGAAACGAAAAGAAGAGGAGGAGAAGAACAAAGAACAAGACACUGAAGAUGAUGAGGAUGAGGAUGGAGAUGAGGAUGAUGAAGACAUGAGUGAGGAAGAAGCAAAGGACGAACUGGAGGAGGCACUUUCAGAAAUGGAUGAAGAGGAACAAAAUAUUAAAGAUGAACUUUGAGGAGGUGUUGCUAUAGAUUGUGUAUGCCCCUCCUUUAGAAACUCUGUCCUGAAUUUCCCAGGGGUAUUUUGGCUGCUGUGCAUCCUUUCCCUGAGAUUUGGACACAACCCAAUUUAGGGUGCAAAUGUAGUGAAGUUGGGUUUCAAUGGAUUUAGUUUCUCUUUCAUUUCGGUCAUAUUUCCCUGUUACCCUUAAACUGCUGAGAUGAUUGUAUUUUCCUUCAGCAAAGUCUCAUUCCUCAUUUUGUAAUACCAGAAAAUAAGGAGGCACUGAUGUCUACUUUUCUGUCUUAACAUCUCCUUAUUUUGCAUAUUUCCUCUCACAGAUUGCAUAAAUUUACCAAAAGCUGGUGUGAAAAAGUGGCAAAUAUUUAAAAAGAAAUUGAAUUUUCCCAAAAUAGAGGAAUUUCCCUUUCAUUCAUGUGAAGUAAAAAUGCAUACAUGCAAAUGAAAUGUAUAGACCAACUAAAUGCAAAACAAUCUCUUAAUACAGAUAAAUCAAGUUUGUUAUAUAACUUAUUUAGGUUAUGUCUGUUGCACUGACUUUCUAGGUCCCUCCUAAACUCUUUAAGGUAUGAUUGAAUGAAGUGUUUAGGUUUAAAUCAGUAAUUUAAGUGCAAAUCAAAAUGUUUUUCUACAUGAAACAGUAUAAAUUGAAAAUGUCUUAAUGGUAAUUUGAUAAAACAGCCAUUAUAUCCUGGAAGUCUGGAGAAAGAUGGGUAGCCCCUGAAGUGACUCGUGACAUUAUUGAGGGAUUAUUUUUAUUGGACAGAAUGUUAUUGAUACCAAAGUUUUUAUUAAAAAGAUUAUAACUUUA